AUGGAAGUAUGGCCAGAUGGAGCGCGCUAUGAGGGACAGUGGCAGCACGACAUGGCCAACGGAAUUGGACGGUUUGAGCAUUGUGACGGUGAUGUGUACGAGGGCGAGUGGAAGAAUGACAAGGCGAACGGACGCGGCAUAUACAUGCAUGCGAGUGGCUCGACCUACAUUGGGGAGUGGCAGGACGACCGGCAGCAUGGCUACGGGAUCGAGACCUGGCCGGACGGCACCAGCACGUACGAGAACGGCUUGAAGUCCGGCCAGGGCUGCUUCACCUGGGCUGACAAAUCCUCCUACAGUGGCGACUUCAAGGACAAUGAGAUCAGUGGACAUGGCAAGCACCAGGAAUGCAAAUAUGCAAAUGUCAAGGAUUGUAUGUCUGGGGAGGCUUGGCAGCAAGACUUUGACUCCGACAACCAAGUUGAUGCCGCGUUGUUCGUAGGAUCCUGGAAAGCAAGCUACAUGGAUGGAGCUGGCAGGUUCACCUGGCCGGACGGCAAGACCUUCGAAGGUUUUUACGCAAAGGACGUGAAGGAAGGUGUUGGCCGAUUCACCUGGCCAGAUGGACGUUCCUUCUUUGGACAAUGGACGGACGGCAAGCAACAUGGCGGGUUUCUCAGUCGAGGCAGCAAGUCAACGUGGGUCUUGGUUCGAUAA